GGCGCAGCCGGAAGAGGCGGAGCUGAGUCGGCGGCGGCCCAGGCGGCAGCGGUGGCGGCGGCUCCGGAGGCCGCAGUCCGCGUCCCGGCUUCGGCCCGUGCCGCACCAUGGUGACGCUCGCAGAGCUGUUGGUGCUGCUGGCCGCGCUGCUGGCCACGGCCUCGGGCUACUUUGUCAGCAUCGACGCACACGCCGAGGAGUGCUUCUUCGAGCGGGUCACCUCGGGCACCAAGAUGGGCCUCAUCUUCGAGGUGGCGGAGGGCGGCUUCCUGGACAUCGACGUGGAGAUCACAGGACCAGAUAACAAAGGCAUCUAUAAAGGAGACCGAGAAUCAAGCGGGAAGUACACGUUUGCAGCCCACAUGGACGGGACAUACAAGUUCUGCUUUAGUAAUAGGAUGUCUACCAUGACUCCAAAGAUAGUAAUGUUCACCAUUGACAUUGGGGAGGCUCCCAAAGGACAAGACAUGGAGACAGAAGCUCAUCAGAACAAGCUCGAAGAAAUGAUUAACGAGCUGGCGGUGGCGAUGACGGCCGUGAAGCACGAACAGGAGUACAUGGAAGUCCGGGAGAGGAUACACAGAGCCAUCAACGACAACACAAACAGCAGAGUGGUCCUUUGGUCCUUCUUCGAAGCUCUUGUUCUAGUUGCCAUGACAUUGGGACAGAUCUACUACCUGAAGAGAUUUUUUGAAGUCCGGAGGGUUGUUUAAAAGGCCUUUUCCUGUUGAUCCCAAAUUCACAGUUCACUUGUUUACCAAACACCUUGGUCAUAAUAAUGUCAUUAGUUUAUACAUUUUUAUUUUCUGAACGUUCAUGACUCAUGUUUCUUUGUGAUUAAUGGGUGUUGGGGAAAACCUGUUUAGAAAAGUUAGAGUGAAAAAUUGACAUUGAUUGGCCUAUAAUUCUUACUUGAAUGCUGCCCCAUUAUACAGGUCCUUCCAAGAGUUCAGAGGCUGUUAAUGCUAUAUGGGACUAUGGUCUUUAUUAUGUUUUCACCUUCAGUUUUCAUUAAUAAAAUGCAGUUUUUAUGUAGGAAGUAGCCCACAGCCUGACUGCAUUCUCGGGAGUCCCUCAUCUGUGUUCAUUACCAGAGGUUCAUUUUGUUGAGUCCUUAUGGCAACAGUAGACUGAAUCUUGACCCUUCUGACCAGCCUUAGGCAGAGCAACCUGACUGGGGUAUGUUACCAUGUGGGCACUCAGACUUUCUCUUGAGUUGGCUUUAAACUAGACUCAUCCCAACACUUCCCCCCAAAGUUUUAUAUUGAACCUUAGAACAGAAUCACCUCUGUUUGACUUGACACAAGCAGCCGACAGCUUCCGAGUCUGUUGAAGCCAGUGUUCUGGGAGUCGGAACAGACUGCUCUCCCUUCUGUGCCGUACAGUCUGUCCAUCGUUGGCACUUGGGAAGAGGGAAUUUGCUCAAGGGGAAGCCUGCAUUUCUCAUGCCAAAGGGUGAGCCUCUUGGAUUGCCGCAGUGACAGGCAGUCACUGUUGUCCUUUCAGUCAGUGGCCUUGGAGGCCUGGUCUUCAGUGUCAGCACUAGGGUUCUGUUUGUCCUCUGGGGUCUUUCUUUUUUUGGCACAUGUCAGUUUUGUUUAUAGAAAUGAAGAGAGACUCUCUCUGAUGAUGGGUUUAAUGAAAGUCGCUCUGCUUUGGGUGUGGGCGAUCCAGGAUUAUGUGGUGGCUGAUGGAUAUUUUAUUUUCCUUUUUGGAUUUUGCAAGGGGAAAACUACAAGUAACAAGUUUUGUAAAAUUAAUUUAAAUUUGUUAUAGGUUUUCAUGUUCGGGACAAAUACUUUUUCAACCCUGGAUGACUAUCCUGGCAACAGUCUGUUGGUGAGGUGACUUUCACCAUAGGGCAGCUGUUGCAUGCCAGUUUUUUUUUUUUUUUGUGUGUGUGUGUGUGAAAACACUUCAGAAUUGAAUUAAAAGAUGUAAAUUUAAAAUUGGUUGUGUAUCUAAUAUGCCCCAGGUUCAGUAAAUAAACAAUUCUUUUUAAAAACA